AUGGAAGAACGCCAUACAGCUGAGAAUCUAGCGAUUCAAUUGGGCAAUACAUUUAAUGAAUGGGAAGUUAACAGUAAAGUCAUAGCUGUUGUCACCGACAAUGCUAGGAACAUUGUUAAUGCCAUUUCAUUAAUAUCUAGCGAUACAAACAUUAGCAGUGUAACAUGUGCAGCUCAUUCACUUCAACUUACUAUUAACCAUUCGCUAAGACAAGAUAGUAUUCAAUUAUUAGUUGAAAAAUGUAGUAAACUUGUUUCUCAUUUUAAACAUUCAAAUAUAGCGAAACGAUCAUUAGAAAUUAAACAAGAGCAGCUUGGUAUGGCAAAAACGGCUUUGAUUCAAUACUGUAAGACACGUUGGAAUUCUACCUUCAUGAUGUUAGAACGUCUAUACCUUAAUCGAUCUCCAUUAGCUAACGUCAUAGCUGAUCGAACUAUUACAAGUGCAACUAUGGCACAAAAGUUUGAAAUUACAGAGAGCCAAUGGGCUAGGGUAGAAUUUCUUAUCAAAAAACUCAAACCACUACAAAUAAUAACGCAACUAUUUUGUGAUGAAAAGCAUUCUCCCGUUUCAAUGGUCAGACCAUUACUACAAAAAGUAAUAGAAAAACAUUUAUCAAUAAAUGACACUGAAGAUGAUAUUGAAAUAUAUUUCAAGCAAUCACUUAUAACACAAAUAAAAACCCGUUUUAAUCUCGAAUGGACAUCCUCAAGUACUGUAAACCUAAGUCAAAUAUCUUCUUUACUCGAUCCAAGGUAUAAGGACUUAGAACAUGAGUCACUUGAUUCAAGAGAUGAUAUUCGAAAAGAGUUGCAAAAUAUACUUGAAACUAAUUAUCCACAGGUUUCAGUUACGGAACAUACAAAAAAUUCACAUACAAGUGCCAUGGAGUUCCUAUACGGUGACGAAAUGAUCGAUAUGAAUGAUCCAAAAAUACAAUUACAAGGUUAUCUGGCUGAAUCUCAACUAAGAUUUGAUUUGGAUCCUUUUGAGUGGUGGAAUACAAGAACAAUCAAGUAUCCAAUCAUUUCCGAAUGUGCGAAGAAAUAUCUCACAAUACCAGCUACAUCAGUCAGCUCUGAAAGAUGUUUUUCAACUGCCGGAAAUAUUGUUACACCAAAAAGGAGCUGCUUACUCCCAGAAAAUGUAAACAC